UUUUUCUUCCAUCAUGAUCAUCAUAAUAGCAUCAAAAUUUAAACCCUUGAAUGUCCGGUAAAGGUAAUGCAUCUAGGGGGUCUUAGGCACAAAAUUUAGAUACCAAACUCCAAGCUUUGACAUGUGACAUGGAAUCACAAAUCUUUAAUUAUUCCCAUUCUUUUAACAGAGAGUAAGUAAGAAAUAAACUUGUGGACUGAAAACUUUCAUUAGGCUAAAAAUAAAGACGCAAUAGAGGGUGGAUAAAGUAAUUACAGAACAUAAGAAACUACAAAAAAACAUGUAAAGCCAAGGUGACCAAAAUAUUCGCUCAAAAAAACACGCCACCUAAAUUUUAAGGUUUUUUAAGAAGUUUCUCUAAAUUUAGGCACCCUUCGUUGUCUCUCUCAUUCUCUAUGAGGAAGAGAGAGAAGGAGGUAUUACCGCCACCACAUGAUGGCCCCAUAAUUCGCCUUAUAAAGGUGAAUUUGUUAUGUAUAUAAACACCACUGUAUUUGUCUAUUGUCAGAGGGAGAGCGGCCGCACUAGGAGUUGGCACCAAUGGCCCCUCUCCUCUCCUCUUUUUUUGUGUUCUCUCUUUUGCUUAUUGUUGUUUUCGUGCAAGCCGGUGAACGUAAGCCUCAAUUUUUCCAUUUCAUUUUCUCUUCUCUUCAACUGUUCUAGAAAAAGAAAACACUAUGGGUUUGUUUGUUUGUUUCUUUUUCUGGGGAAAUGGGUUCAGAAGGAAGGAAUUUCUAUCCUUUUAUUCCAGAAAUGGUUCUUCUAAACUGUAUUUAUUUUUUCCCUUCUUUUUUUUGGUGUGGACAGAUCAAUCCACUCCAUUUACUUAUAUGGGCCCGCAAGGACCUGAAAAUUGGGGAAGUCUGUGUCCAAGUUAUGCAACUUGCUCCAAUGGAAAAUCGCAGUCGCCAAUAGACAUUGUGACGAACCUCACUGCGACUAGCAAUUAUCAUCAGACACUAGUCAAAAGAUACACUGCUGCUAAUGCUACACUCAUCAACAAUGGAUUUAACAUUGGGGUGCAUUUUGAGAAUGGUUCAGGUGGAAUGGCUGUCAUAAAUGGUAAAAGCUACACCCUCCAACAAAUGCAUUGGCAUUCUCCAUCGGAGCACCGCCUCAACGGCCGGCUAUUUGCAGCCGAACUUCAUCUACUCCAUCAAGCAGACAACGGCAUCCUCUCAGUCAUAGGAAUCCUCCUCCAAUACGGCGAUCCCGAUCCCCUGCUCCAGCAGGUACAAGACAAAUUGGCGGCGUUAGCGAAUGGAACCGGCACCAACGAAGAGGUUUACGUUGCACUCGGAGACCUAGAACCAAAGCUCGUGAGGAAGAACAAAUAUUACAGAUACAUCGGCUCUCUCACCACUCCUCCCUGCACCGAGAACGUCAUGUGGAGCAUUCUCGGCACGACGAAGACGAUUUCGAAGGAGCAAAUAGAAGCUCUAAAGGUGCCAUUGGCUCCGGUCUACAAGAACAACGCCCGGCCAGUUCAGCCGCUUAACGACCGGAAGAUUGAGAUUUACGAGGAGUAGUCAAAUCUCUCUCUCUCUCUCUCUCUCUCUCUCUCCCCCUCUCUCUAUCGGCGCCAUCUUUUGCCGCUCAAUUAACCAUCGAUUUAAGCAAACGAGAAUUGUUUGGCUUGCGAACAUUUUAAAUUCUUGUACGGAAGGAACAAAAAUUCAUAAAUACGAUUCUAACCUUUCCUACUCUUU